CGUGAACAAGUAAAAGUUUGAACCGGCUUCUCCAUGGCCUGGGCACCAGUUCCUGGCUGAGCCAUUUUCUUUUUGACUAAAAGCCCCCGCCCAGAGGCCGAUUCGUCGCGGCGGCGGUGGGGAUCGCAGGUCGCUCAGGCUUGCAGAUGGGUCAGGGGCUGUGGAGAGUGGCCAGAAACCAGCAGCUACAGCAAGAAGGUUAUAGUGAGCAAGGCUACCUCAGCAGAGAGCAGAGCAGGAGGAUGGCUGCCAACAACAUUUCUAACACCAGUCAGCGUAAACAAGUCCAAGGAGGCAUUGAUCUAUAUCAUCUUUUGAAGGCACGGAAAUCUAAAGAACAAGAAGGAUUCAUUAAUUUGGAAAUGUUGCCCCCUGAGCUAAGCUUUACCAUCUUGUCCUACCUGAAUGCAACUGACCUCUGCUUAGCUUCAUGUGUUUGGCAGGACCUUGCAAAUGAUGAACUUCUCUGGCAAGGGUUAUGUAAAUCCACUUGGGGUCACUGUUCCAUAUAUAAUAAGAACCCACCUCUAGGAUUUUCUUUCAGAAAAUUGUAUAUGCAGCUGGAUGAAGGCAGCCUCACCUUUAAUGCUAACCCAGAGGAGGGAGUGAACUACUUUAUGUCCAAGGGUAUCCUAGAUGAUUCACCAAAGGAAAUAGCAAAGUUUAUCUUCUGUACAAGAACACUAAAUUGGAAAAAACUGAGAAUCUAUCUUGAUGAAAGGAGAGAUGUCUUGGAUGACCUUGUAACGUUGCAUAAUUUUAGAAAUCAGUUUUUGCCCAAUGCACUGAGAGAAUUUUUCCGUCAUAUCCAUGCCCCUGAAGAGCGUGGGGAGUAUCUUGAAACUCUCAUAACAAAGUUCUCACAUAGAUUCUGUGCUUGUAACCCCGAUUUAAUGCGAGAACUUGGCCUUAGUCCUGAUGCUGUCUAUGUACUGUGCUACUCUUUGAUUCUACUUUCCAUUGACCUUAGUAGCCCUCAUGUGAAGAAUAAAAUGUCAAAAAGAGAAUUUAUUCGAAAUACCCGUCGUGCUGCUCAAAACAUUAGUGAAGAUUUUGUAGGGCACCUUUAUGACAACAUCUACCUUAUUGGCCAUGUGGCUGCAUAAAAGCACAAUUGCUAGGACUUCAACUAUUAACUUCAAACUAAAGUUACCCAAGGACUUAUUUAGCAGAUAUGGGGCUUACAUUAGUGCUGGUCAUUCUAGCCUCUGUAUACAAUCAAGCUCGAGUGUAUACGUUUUUUUUCUUUCACUGUUUUCUUUUUUAGUAAUUUCCUUGGGGAACUAAAUAAUUUUGCAGAAUUUUUCUUAAUUUUGCUUAUCAUGUUUUGCACAAAGCAGAGCCAUUGUCUGACACAGCUGUGUAAGAAUGUUAAACUGACAUUAUACUCUAAAAGAUGGUAUAUUUGUGCAUUAGAUUUGCUUGAAAACUACUCAUUUUCAUUCUUUUUUAAAAUACCAUGUAAUGUGUACAUAUUUAACUAAAGAGAUUUAUAAUCAUAAUUAUUUUAUUGUAAAGAUUUUAACUAAAGCCUUUCCUUUUUCUCUCAAACUGAGUUCUGAAAUUUAUUUGAUUCUGAUCUGAGCUUAUGACUGUCUUCAUAAAAGUUGGAUCUGACUUGGAUAAAAACCAAUACCAGUUUCUCUUUCCUUUGAACUUUGAAAAGAAUAUUAAUUUAUUACUAGUAAUAAGCAAAACAGGCACUUAUUUUUAUAAUAUAAAUUCAUCACUUGACUUUCCAUUUUUAAAAAGUUCUGGGUUAGUCAUUUCUCAAUAAGUCCUUUAAACUAUUUGAGAUAACAAAAUACGUUAAAAUCUAGGAUUCCCAUACAUAGGAACAGAAUGUUAUUAAAACUUAUAUCUCUUGUAAUUAGUCAAAAUUUACCAUUCUCUUAACUUGAUAAUUUCUGUUUAGAAUCAGUUGAGAAAGGGGUAUUGUGAAUGAAUAAAUUUUCCUUAUUCAUUCAUUCAAAAAUAUUUACCAAGGACCUUCAGUGUACUAGACACUGUGCUAGGUAGUAGCGAUACCUGGACAUGGGCCCUGCCUUCAUAGAUGUUACAUGAUUGGUAACAAAAGGAAAAGUACUGCUUCUUGGAGAGCAAAUGUAGGAAGCAUAUCUUAAUUAACAAUUAUUUAAUUUUGAAACACUUAGCAUUGAAAUGAUAAAGAACAGUACAUUUAUAUGGUAAGCCAGAAGUUUCUUGGGAAUACUGCUAAGGAAAAGCAUCAGCUUUGAAAUGAGACACUAUGUUAUGAGUAGAGCUGCUAGUUUAGGGGGUGGAACUUGGAGGAUUAGAAACUUUUUACUGGAAGUGUACUGUCCCAGCUUCUUUCCAGAUCUGGUCCUAAGUAAGUAGUGGUUGGUAAUACUACAACUGCAAGUGAUAUCCUAUAGAAUUUUCAAUGACAACACAUAAGAUAAUCAGAUAAUUUCAGAAGUCAAAGGGACUUUUAGAUUGUAAGUUAACAAGUUCUCAGAUCUUGAGGAAAAUACCUAAAUUUUCACGUGUGCAUAAUUUCGAAUUCCGUGACAAAGUGUUUCUUUGUAAUUUUUAACUUCAAAACUGAUUUACUGGAAAGUUUCAGAAGACCAACAGUAAUGAUACCAUUUUAUCGUUUCUAUUUUCCCAUGAAUGGCAGGCAUCUUGCCCUCUCUAUCUCCUUUUCUUUUUUCUCUUUUUUUUCCUAUCCCUAUCUCUCCCUUACCAUUGGGUUCUUUCUACCUCUGUUUUAGCUUUACUCUUUUCUUUCCUUCUUUUUAU